UUCUCUUCAGCACAGGAUUCAAACAAUAGAGCUCAAAAGAAACUGAGAAAAGCAAAGAGAAGGAAGGACCACAAGUCAACAAACUGCAUUGUCACUUCUUCGGCUACUUUUUUGAACAGCAAUUAAUUUUUUUUUUUUUUUUAAUUUUGAGCUCCUGCAGAAUUUAACAAGAAAAUGACAAGCAAAGUAAUCCUCAGUGCUUUGGUGGUCUUGCUGGUUUCUGUGGCCACCAGUGAAGGAAUGAAUGUCAGAAGCUUGGGAGUUGAUCUGCAUUGCCGCUGUAUCCAAACGGAGACCAGAACCAUUGGCCGCCACAUCGAAAAGGUGGAGCUGAUCCCCGCAAACUCCCACUGCGAGGACACUGAGAUCAUUGCUACCCUUAAAACUACGGGCCAAGAGGUGUGCCUUGACCCCAAGGCUCCAUGGGUGAAGAAAGUCAUCGAGAGGAUCCUUAAUAACAGCAAAAGGCGGUGAGCUGCCUCGCGAAGGGGGAAGAAUGCUCCACGUGCUGGUUUUGCAAAAGCGGAAGAACCAAAUAGAUUCAUUUGAUUAAGGACUCAGCUGAUUUCAAAACGGAAUCGAACAUCUUAUUAGGGCAACUGUUCAAGCUACCAACAGACACGUCGUGUUUGCAUCAAGCAUAGUUUAUUUUCAAGCGCGUACCUGUUUGGACACUCACACUGUCUGUAUUGCAGCCUUUAACUUCAGAUGAGCUUCUAUGAACUGUUACUAUAACUAUUGCUUUAAUUUAUGCUGAACAUAUUGAAUGUAUUUAUCAUUUGUAAAAAUGUAUAUAUUUGAAUGCAAUUGUUUUUGUAUUUUUUACUACAACUUGUUGAUGCAAUAAAAUGAACAAAUUAAAA